AUGGCGGCAAUGGUGAAUCAUGCAAACACCAUGGAGGCGAAUGCUGCUGCGACUCUACAAGCUGUGCAGAGGUUAGGCCAACCGAUGGGAAAUGGAAACGAAAAUGGUGAGGGAAACGCGAACGAUAAUGCUGAGGGAAAUGGAGAUAACAUGAGAAGCGCUCCGAUGACCUUGGAGACUUUUCUCAAGGUUCAUCCGCCAAUUUUCCGAGGAUCAACCAAUCCUACAGAAGCAGACAACUGGUUCCAAGCUAUGGAGCGUGCACUGCAAGCACAGCAUGUCCCGAAGAAUCAAUACGUGGAGUUUGCUGCUUAUCAGCUUCGGGAAGAGGCCCAACAUUGGUGGCAGCCUGCGAGGGAAGCGAAGGAGAUAGAACUUAUACAGUUGAAGCAAGGUUCCUUAUUUGUGGCGGACUACACCAGCCAAUUUGAGGAGCUCUGUAGGUUCUCUAGGGCAUGUCAGGGUGCCCCGGAGACCUAUGAAAGUUGGAACUGUAUCAAGUAUCAAAGGGGCUUGAAGGACGACAUCAUGACUGCUGUGGCUCCUAUGGAGAUUCGUAUUUUCUCCGAUCUGGUGAACAAGGCAAGAGUGGUUGAAGAAUAUGCAAAGACGGUAGCUUCGUCAAAGGACACUUAUAAAGGAAGCUCUAAUAGAGAACGCGACGAUUACCUUGCACCGAGAGGACAAAGCUUUUAG